AGUAGUAGUCAUAUUAAAAGUGUUAUGACAUUUUUAAGUACUUUCUCUAACUUCAUCUAACAAGUCAUUGGAGAAAUUUCUUUAGAGAAUUGUUAUACUCUUUAAAUGGUUUUUAUUUUCCAUUUAUAAUAAGGAUUAUAAAGUAUAAUUUGCUUCUAUAGUCUCAAAGUUAAAAAAAAAAAGCUCCCCCCCCACAAAAGCUCUCUUUUUUAAAUAAAGAAUUAUUGGGUAAAAUGUUGUUUUAAAAUGUACUCCUUCAUUGAUUAAUUCGCUACAGAGAUUUAUUCAGGACUGCACCAAGAGAAGAAUCCCUACAGGGAAUUUUUAUGAAGAGAGGAACAAAAUCAGAAGCAGCAGCAGCCUUGACACCAAAUGAUAAAUUGCCUCUGGUUACCAUUCUGUGAGAGCUUUCUCAUCUUUGGUCUGGUGAAUAAUGUGGAAGAUGGAUGCUCCUUGGCAAUCCUGGGGAGAAGGCUGUGCGUGUUUGGAAGGAGGGCCUCCUUCGGGCUGGAUGUUGUCGCUGCUCCAAACUUUGCCAUUGAGAAUGGCAGCCCUGUCCCAGAAAAUGCCUCUGCACACAGCCGGGUUGCUGUGGUCAGUGUGUCUGUCUCGCCUCACACUUCUCUGCUGGGAGACCUCGUGAUUCUUAAUGCCAGUCCUGCUGUGCAUCCAUUUGUGCUAGCUCGUAGGUCCACACACCUGUGGGAUUUAUUUACCACCGGAGUACCCAUGCUGGACUUUGAGACAGUGGCACUCUAUUCCCUGGUGAUUUAUGCCAAAGACAACCAAGGAGCAACAACAUCCCAGAUGGUUCUCAUCCAGAUUGCAGAUGUGAAUGAACCACCCACCUUCACUGGAGCCCUGGCACAGGGAGAUCAAGUUACUGAGAUUUAUGUUGUAGAAGACAUUGCCUUGGGCACAGUCAUUUACAGAGCAACAGCCAAGGACCCAGAGGAUGCUGCUUUGGAGUUCUUCAUUUCCCCGAAGGACUCUGGCUUCACAAUCGACAGCAUUGGAAUGAUCUCCACAGCCACAGUUUUUGAUUUUGAGAGUGAAAUGAGAAGCUUUUCAUUGGUCAUUAAAGUGGCUGAUCCAGGAGGACUGUCUACUUCCGGAAAUCUAAAGAUUUUCCUCAUCAAUGUCAAUAAUAAGGACCCUACUCUUACUUGCAGUUUAUUCAAUAUUGAAAAUGGCAUCUUGAGUGUUACUUCUUUGAACUCCACUCUGCACAAUAAAGCCAAUGUCACACUGGAAGAAGAAAUCCCAGUUGGGAAAACUAUUGGAAUAUGCCAGGCUUCUGAUGAAGAUGACCUGGGAGAUGUAAGCUUUGAACUAGAUCCAUGGAAUGAGUACUUUGCAGUUGAUAAAGAGUGUGGGAAUGUGGUGACUGCCGCCCGUCUGGACGUGGAGACAGCUGGGUUUGCAAGUGUUCAGGCCUUCUCCAUUAAGGCUUGUGACCGUGACCGGAGGUGUGCAGCCAUUCCAGUGACUGCUUACAUUAAUGGCAUUAAUGACAACUCGCCUGUCUGUGAUCAAUAUCUGAUUAGGUACACGGGCAAGGAGGUGAUUGCAAAGGAUACAGUAGUUGCUACGCUCUUGUGUCAUGACCUUGACAAGCCUCCGAACCUCAUCCGUUAUGCACCGAGCUCUGGCCCAAUUGGCUCUGGACAGCUCUUUGAUCAAGUACCAAAGGCUGAACAUGUCAUCCGCGUUGCCAGAGAGUUGGAUUAUGAAAAUCCAGAGGUGGUUGCAGCUGGGCACAUCUAUGAAAUGAAGAUUUCUGUGUUUGAUGACCUACAUCCCUCUCAUACAGUGACUGUGACCAUCAUUGUGGAGAUUACUCCGGACAACGAUUUCAGUCCUGUCUUUACAGAAUCACACUAUUCAUUUCUGGUUCCAGAAACAUCAGGAGCUUUCCACAAAGUUGGACGAGUGACUGCCAUCGAUGAGGACUACCCUCGAAACUGUGUGACCUACAAGAUAACCCAUGGAGACACCCAGGUAGUACAAAGGUUCUGGAUUCACCCUCUCUCUGGAAUGAUUGAACUGACCACACAGCCAGACUAUGAGUCGGUGAAGCAAUAUAACCUCACCGUGGAAGCUGUGGACUGUGACAGGCUUCAGCCUCGCACAGCCGUGACCACAGUCACCAUUGACAUUGAAGAUGAGAAUGAUGAAGCGCCUGUCUGCACGCCACAUCUAUAUAAGGCAGUCAUUUUUGACAGUGUUGUUGUGGGGACAAACGUCAAUGGCUUCAGACUAAGCUGUCACGACAGAGAUUCACAAGAUUUCGAAAUGCGUUUUGAGAUGGCUACUGGAAAUGAGAACCAUCAUUUCGGAUUUGACCCCAGUCGAGGUUCAAAUACUCCCAAACUAAUUGUGAAGAAUCCUUUUAACUUUGAAUCUGGAGCUGAUAUGCGACGGCAGUACCAUCUUGUGGUGCAUAUUAUUGAUGACAAUCUGAAAUAUGGCAAAGCCACCAAGCCCAGGACAGGCACUGCUAUUAUUGAUAUUCAUGUGAUAAGAGCCAGCACACCACCUCCUCCAACCAACGCUGAACAAAAGAAAGGUCUGACCAUUGUAUACACAGCUAUCAAUACGUACAAGGCCAGCGACUGGUACAUUCCUUUCAUCUUCACUCUCAUGGUCAUUUUCUUUGUUGGAUUUGUUUCUUGGGUAUGUUUCCUGCUUUGGAGAUACGGAAACAUUACAGUUUGUUGUCAGAAAAUGGCUAAGCAAGUUUCCAAACCCAGAGGAAUCAAGUAUAUUGCAGGAGAUAGAACUCAACCGGAAAAGGCUGUUACAGGAAGCAAAAGUAAAAAGCUAGAAGUAUUAACAGAAACCAUUGUGUAUGAGACUGUGUUUGAUGGAGAAGCCAUUGAUCCAGUCUCUGGGAAUGUGUAUGAAUACAACAGCCGAACUGGGGCUAGAAAAUGGAAGAAAGCCCCCAGAUCCAAGGAGUCGAGCAUCUAUUCCCUCCAAAGAACCUAUCCUUUUGAGGAGUCAGCAUCCUUGAAAAUUCCUACACAAGCAUAGCAUUUUCCAGUGUCUUUAAAUGAUAGCAUUUUUGUAUGUAUGACUGUCGUAGGUAGUUUUUGCUUGGCUAUCUGAAAUUAAAUUGGAGACCUAAGGUCAGCUGCUUUGUCUGUACUGAUAGCUUUUGGCAAUCUUCUGGCUCAAGUGUCUGAAAGAGUGCAGCAAGAAUUGUCAACUUUGAAUCUCUGAUAUAUGUUGCUGAACAUUAAAGACUAAUUCUUUCCUUCUUUGUCUUCCUUUGCUCACUUCAAUGUAUACUUCUAGAAGUCAGAAACUUUGUGUUUGCUCACU